UCGGUUACCUUCGAUCACAUCAUACUGUGUGACAUUCCGCCAUCGCGAAAUUGUGUCAGAUGGCUACUCCCGUACCUCUACGCAUUUGCAUAACCACCAAUGAACAACAAAACGAACACGAAAUCGAUAUAGAAAAUGACGAAUAUACACCCCUGUUAAGGGACCGGAACUCAAAAUCCAGUAAAUACGUCUCCGUCGUGCCUGAGGACGAUGUGGAGGCUGCUCAGUGUUUGUCGCCCCUCGCCGACAAGCAGCCCCGAGUCGAGCCUCCGCGAGAGAUUGCUGGGGUAAUCUCAAUUUUACUCCUGGGUGUCUUCGUCGCAAAUGCAGACAGCUCUCUAGUUUUGGCUACGAGUGGUACUAUCAGCAGCGAAUUCAAUGAUCUCGGGGACGCGGGAUGGCUUAUUUCUUCUUACACGUUGGCGAUGUGCGCUGCACAAUCACUGUACGGUCAAUUGAGCGAUAUUUAUGGACGUAAGAAUACUAUACUCAUGUCAUACAUGUUUUUCGUUGUUGGUUCUGCAAUAUGCGAUGAUAGUGGAGCGGGCCAGUCUCUUCCGCAAGUAGUCUUUGGCAGGCUCAUAGCAGGUGUUGGAGGAGCAGGAAUCAAUUGUUUGGUCUCUAUUGUCAUCGCAGAUAUGGUUCCGAUUCGAGAAGUGGCAUCAUGGAGAAGCUACGUAAAUAUAGCAGCGACCACAGGAAGAAGCCUGGGAGGGCCGAUUGGAGGCUACCUCAUCGACACAAUCGGAUGGCGCUGGUCAUUCCUAGGACAAUGCCCUCCAACAAUACUAGCCGCUUUUCUAGUAGCGUGGAAAAUACAACCAUCCUACGUUGAAGAAGGACCAAUCCAAUCACAACUUUCGAAGCUACGCCGCAUAGACUUCUUAGGAGCUAUUCUCCUAUCAGCUUCCAUCGUCUGUGGUCUUCUUGUUCUCGAGCUCGGUGGGAAAAGGAUGCCAUUUACACACCCCACAAUCUUGUUCUUACUCGGUGCUUCCCUAGUUGCUGGUAAUCUUUUCCUGUUGGUGGAAGGCUUUUGGGCGAAGGAACCAAUAUUUCCACUUCGGUUGAUGCUAAGUCGAGAUGUGGUGGCUUCGUACAUCAAUCUUGGUUUCCAAACUGGAGCUCAGAUGGCUAUGAUGAUGCUCGUGCCUAUGUACUUCCAGAUCUCGGCACAUGCAUCUAUGACGAAUGCAGGAGCGCACUUGAUGCCGUCUGUCAUGGGAAACGCGUUCGGUGGCCUUCUCGCAGGAUAUAUCAUUCGAAAAACAGGCAGAUACAAGCUCAUCUCCCUAAUCGGAGCCUUCGCCUCAUCAACAUCCUAUCUACUCAUGAUGCUUCGCUGGCACGGACACACUUCAUUCCUCGAAUCUCUAUACAUAAUACCCGGUGGUUUCGGUAACGGCAUAGCGCUCUCAACAUCAUUCAUCAGUCUGACCGCUGGCGUUGAGCCGUGUCAAGUCGCUAUCGCGAGCUCAGGGCUGUACCUUAGCUCGAAUGUCGGGAUGGUACUAGGCCUCAGUCUUGCUUCAGCCAUCCUUCAAAGCACUUUGAGGAAAGAGCUAAGGAUCUCCUUGGAGGGAAUAAAGCAUCGGGAGAUGAUUAUUAGUAAAGCGUUGUCGGAUAUCGGAUACGUGCGUUCGCUUCAUGGACGUCUUGGAAGGCUGGUCACUGAAGCUUAUAUUCGUUGCUUGACUUAUACCCAUGGCGUCUCUCUUGCUGGAGCAAUUGUCGCUCUGCUUGCAGCUAUGUCUGUGAAGGAGCACCUGCUCUAAUUCGUUUCCUCUUUGAGGAUGCAACAACCGAUUGAUCAAAACUACUGGCUAGCAGGUGAUAUUUUGGGGAGUGAUCUGAGUUUCUUCGAGCUGUUCGUGUUGAUGGCAAAGCAUGAUUGUAAGGGGAUUUGAUGCUUUUAGUUGUCCACACAGCAUUCUUAUUUGUAACAUAUUGACCUAGCUGGGCGCUUAGCACCUGCAGUAUUCCUUCUGUCUUUUCGAAGAAAGAGACUGGACUUAGGUACUAGAGCGGACAGGUGUAGCAUGGCUUUUUUGGACUAUCCUCGGUUUGACAACUUCUCUGGGUUUUAGCAUCCUGCUUCUAGUCAUGUUCUGCACAAAAUACUGAAU